AUGAAGAUUACCAUGCAAAAAAGCAACACCUUCAUAUUACCAGCGUUUGAAGUCAGAAUCGUUCAGACUGAAUCCGAGACCAAAUUAAGUUUGCUCGAACAGCUCCACGACCCCGACAAAAGGGCAAAGAGCAGCACGAUAUUGUGGAAGAUGAAUCUUAUUUACGGACAAUCAGCAGCUGGAGAGUUUAAAUUAGAACCAAAGAAGACUGUAGCUCAGCAGAUCAGACAAGACAAACACAGUGCUGCCAUCUUGGAUUUUCCACCAACAUCCUUUACUGAACCACCCGCAUACAUUGAAGAGCAGCAAAACACUCCACAAACUGCACCUCAAACACCAUCCCUGGACAUUAACCUGAGGCCUCCAGAAGUGAAUUGGCCCAGAACUGCAGGGAACAGCUCUAGUUUCUUGCAGCAGGCACUUGAAGAAAUUCACAGCGAGGAGUGGGGAAGACGGACCAUAGAUUAUCUGACGGACUGUGAGUUACAUAAAAAGAGAUCCGCCCUGACACAAACUGAAGUGAUUUAUCAGCAGCCACCACCUUUUUGCCCCAUACCUCUGGCCCAGUGGUUUGAGACUGUUCAUGCCAAUGAGAUCCUGUGUCACAUUGAUGAGCUGAAGGGUGUCAUAACAUCGACGUACGGUAGCAUCCUGAAGCUUGAUUCUACCAAGAAGAUAACUAAAAAGCUUGCUGGUGGCAUCGCGGAUACUGCUACAUGGAUGACCAAUGUUGGCAAUGAGUUUGGCCAAGUCCUGAACUGUGUCUUAACCACUGGUGAAGGAGCUGGCAUAGAUGACUUGUGUCAGGGCAUCGUAAAGAGAUACAAGGAUGCUGGGGAGCCAGAGCCAGCUGUGAUCUACGUUGACAGGGACUGCUGCAGCGAGACAGGUGUGACUCCAGUUCUGACCUGGUUUCGCCCAUGGAAGAUCACUGUGCGACUCGAUGUUUUCCACUUCAUGCGGCGGUUCACAGCUGGCCUUACAACGGAGCACCAUCCAUUGGGUCAUAUUCCAACAGAGGCCCAAAUCCUGUCGAGCAUCACCUCCAACGAGCUGGCCAAGCACUGCAGGAGGAGGACACGUGGAGUUCAAGAAACUUGUGACCUGAUCCAAGGACUGCUGGACUCCAUGUGGGAACUGACCGACACCACUGGUUUGCGCCUCAUCAAUCCAGAGAGCAUGUCACACGUGUGGGAGGUACAGCAGAAACACUUACCUUGCAUCCAAGAUCCACCCGGUGUUCAGCUGUACACAAAACUGGGCUCCGGUUUACAGAAGGGUGACAAGGUUCUGGAUGUGCUGAGGUGUGGCAGAGGGUCCUCCUCCCUGGAAAGCUUCCAUCGCCACCAGUGCACUUUUAUUCCAGGGUGGAGAUGUAAUGCACUUCAUACACAGAUGUACAUGCUUGAGGGGGCAUCUAGGUGGAACAUCAACCGAGCUCAUCAAGCUGUGGACAUGAGUGGUACAUCACAAACAAAAAUGUAUAAUGUACGUUUAAUGUCCCAGAUGAAUGUCCUCAGCAACAAAGUCCUUGGAUGUCCACUCCUGCCAGAAUUCAAACCUCCUGGGAGACCCACCGAUGAACGUAUAGCUGUGGAGUAUUUGCUGGCCCAGUCUAACAGAGGAGACCUGCUUUCUCCACUGGAGCAACGUGAAAUCCCCUUGCCAGAGUUGCAGGUUGAAGUUCAGGAGGAUGAGUGUCUGGAUGUCACAAUAUGUGAUGCAGCAGACAUUGAUUUAGACACACCCACCCUUGGAAUUUCCAGCAGUCAUGGUGAUUCAUUGAUCUCACCUCUGUUGGCCAAGACGAUGUGGUGCCUCCAGUUGCCUGAUGGUUUCGGCAGCAGCAUCAGCAUCUAG